AGCCACGGCCAGCUUCGGGGUUGUCCUGGGACGUGUCCUGAGUCUCACGCUCUGGUGGAGGCGGCGGCCACAUAUCGUUUGACUAAAGGACUCACCGUCCAGGGCUCCAGCCGAAGACCCGAAGGGCCCGCCGCCAGCGCCGCCACCAUGCCCAACUUCUCUGGCAACUGGAAGAUCGUCCGAUCGGAAAACUUCGAGGAUUUGCUCAAAGUGCUGGGGGUGAACGUGAUGCUGAGGAAGAUCGCCGUGGCUGCCGCCUCCAAGCCGGCAGUGGAGAUCAAACAGGAGGGAGACACUUUCUACAUCAAAACCUCUACCACCGUGCGCACCACGGAGAUUAACUUCAAGAUUGGAGAAGAGUUCGAGGAGCAGACGGUGGAUGGGAGGCCCUGUAAGAGCCUGGUGAAAUGGGAAAGUGAGAACAAAAUGGUCUGCGAGCAGAGGCUUUUGAAGGGAGAGGGUCCCAAGACCUCCUGGACCAGAGAACUGACCAAUGAUGAGGAGCUGAUCCUGACCAUGACGGCGGAUGACGUUGUGUGCACCAGGGUCUACGUCCGCGAGUGAGUGGCUGUGGGUCUGACGGAUGCCCCAGCCCAUCCCCAGCCCACGCUCCUGCUUCUCUGCCCUGUGGGCCGUCCCUCCCCACUUCCUUCUAGGGUAGCUCUCCCCUCACCCAUGCCACUUCCCCAGGUGCUGGGGUGCCUCCUGCAGGGGCUCUGCUUUGUUUGCCCCUCCCCCGCUCCCCUAUUCCAACAAAGAGGGAUGGGUUGCAGGAGCCCAGAUCACCCAUUUUGGAAUCACUCCCCUCACCCCCCAAAUAGCCAGUCCCAGCCCCAAACCAGCCCAGAACCGUCUCUUUCUGUAAGGGGACCUGAGGGCCUGAGGGAAAGACAGCCCUCUGGCUUCUACUUUGUCCCUGUAGCCUAUACAGUAUAGAAUAUUUAUUGGUUAAUUUUAUUAAAAUGUUUUAAAAAA